UAUGACAUCAAAACUUCCCAGCCUUCUGAGAAACGUGUACUGAGCAGAAGGCUUGGACAGCAACUGACUCCCCGGGUAACCAGAGGAGGGUGCUGUGCUUUCUGUCUUUUCUAACUUCUUUCGUUGAUCCUCCCCUUGGGAUUGAGGGUCAGUGCUUGGAGAACUGGGACCAAUGGAGUUAGAAGCCAUAGAACUCUGUCCUUAUGACCCAAACCACAGGAUACCAGCCAGCAGGUUACAAUACCAUCUGGCAUCAUGCAAAAAGAAAAAUCCGAAGAUAGCUAAAAAGAUGGCUAACUGCAAAUAUAACGCUUGUCAUGUGGUCCCAAUCAAAAGGCUCAAGGAACAUGAGGCCAACUGUGUCAACAGAAGUGCAGUUGAUGAUGAGCCCCUUAAUCUCCCAAAGGUCACUCAUCCACGUUUUGAAGGAAAUGAAAACUUCUCCAGUGCUGGCAAUCAGAUCACUGACCCUGACGUCUGGAAUGUGGAUCAUAUGUAUCAUUCUCCUUCAUUUGUUCUUGAGACGUUUGCUCCAAAAAUGCUGGUUUGUGAAAGUGACUCAAGAGACCUACAAGAGGUUAUGGCUGAUAAGUAUCCUAGCAGCUACAAGUCCUGGGGAAGAGGUCAGAAAAACUGAUGGAGACAUUGCAAAUUAAAGGGCCAACAAACAAAUGGAAGUUGUUUUUAAACCUUAGGGAAAAAAUCUCAACUUUUAAAUAAACUCUUAUGUUUGUCAUCUUAAGAUGUUUUUAUCUAAAUAAAAAAUAUUUUCUUUUGACAAACUUA